GCCAGGGGCAACAACAGGAUGGAUAACAUAGAACCAGGGAUCAAAUAAAACAUAUAAAAUGCUCGUAUAUUACGUCCACUAGAUACAUUAUAACUCUAUGGACUGCAUAGUUAUUUGUCUAAUAUGGUUAACAUGGGAUUUAUGAUAUAUGUAUUGGUCUUAUAAAAUAACUAUGUUGUUGCUAGCUAGUUAGCAGCAGCAGCGGUGCUAAUGAAAGAUAUUUAAAAUGGGGCAGAACAUGUUCCGGACCGGGUUUCUGGUCCGGGCCACACACACCCUGCUCACCUGGGUCAUUACCCUCAUACUGUUCCUGCACAACACCGAUCUGCGGAGAUGUGAGGAGCAAGGAGAGCUGCUGCUGCCGCUCCUCUUCUUCCUCCUGGUCGCACUCUCAGUGCUCUUAUACUUUGCUGUUUCUUUAAUGGACCCUGGCUUCAUUCUCACUGACUCUGUCAAGGGUUCAAAUGAGGAAAUGGAAUCGAUGAUUCCUCAGUCUUUGACCCCUCGGCUGAGGCGCUGUGGAUACUGCCUGCUGCAGCAGCAGCCAAUGAGAGCGAAGCACUGUCAGACGUGUAAGCGCUGCGUCCGUCGCUUCGACCACCACUGCCCAUGGAUCGAGAACUGUGUGGGAGAGAGGAACCACCGCUGGUUCAUCGUCUACCUGCUGGUGCAGCUGCUCGCUCUGCUGUGGGCGCUACACAUCGCUCUGUCUGGCAUCACCCCCACCCUCACCUGGGAGCAGUGGUUCAGAGUGAACGGGUUCCUGCUGGCGGCGCUGGGUGUGGUGGGGGUCUUCUCCAUGGUGGUGAUGCUGCUGUUGGGCUGCCACCUGUACCUGGUCUCCAUCAGCUGCACCACCUGGGAGUUCAUGUCACGCCACAGGAUCUCCUACCUGAAGAACUUCAGUGACGAGGAGAACCCGUUUGACCGCGGAGUUAUCUGUAACCUGUGGGACUUCUUCUGCGUGUGCAGCACGGUGGUGUGGGAGAAAAUGUACACCAGAAACACCCCCAACUCUGUCUGACCUCCAACCAGACGGAACAUGAGAAUCUAACCCUGGGUUGGACACUACUUUCAGGGAAAUAACCUUUAAUCAUUAUUUAAUUUGCCCUUUUGGGUAGGCCUUAACAACUUGAGUGGACCAUGAAAUAUGUCCUUACUACCUGCAAAAGUUGAGAUACAGUGUUUAUCAGGUAUUUAGCAAACUAACUGCUGGUUUUGCUUAUUUACUCAAAUUGUACAAUAUUUUUUAAGCAUAACAGAACAUAACUCUUUGCUGGAGUAAAAACAAGGUUUUCUACAAAAAUACGCCCUUUAAACCAUGCUAGCAGUGAUGCCCCAAAGAUGGCAGGGUCCGUCUGAACGUCAGUUUUUAUGUCGGCCCAGAACUUUAGACCUGACUGAAAUUCCUCAAAAACGUUUAAAUGGAUUGCCUUAAAAUGUUCAUGUCCCUCAGAGGAUGGAUCCUAUGCAGUUCAAGGGGGCAGGGCUUUCCAUAUCAGCAUUUCAGUCUUUUUAAUAGAUCCAACCACAGUUGUUUAUUUAUUUGUCUGUUUGUCAGCAGGAUUACGUGAAACUACUGCCCUGAUUUUGUAUGCAACUUUUGAGUCCUUGUAACCCAUAAUAUUUUGGAAUGGAUCAGAAUCAGUGGAAAAUGCACACAAUUUUUGCACUUACAGAAAAGGCCUUAGGGGGUCCUCUCUGAUUGAUCCUUAUAGAUUAUUAACACUUUUGUUCCAAUCCACUUUACCUACAGAAAUCUAAAAUAUUAUUUUCAUACUGCUUUCCUGAUAGUGUCAGUUGAAGCCCAAACUAUACAGCGCCUAUAGCAAACAUGUCUCUCUUUUAAAUGCUUCCUCUAAGACUUUCAAACAUCAGAUUUAAAACGCAGUCCAAAUAAAAACUGAAUGCCUAGCACAAUUAUAGGUAAAAGCUUAAUCUGACUUAAAAAUAGAGAACAAGGCUAAAGAUCUGACAUUCUGUGCUCAUUUCUGGUCCUUCUAUGAUCUAUGAUCCUACAGACAGAUACAAUUUCACAACCAUGAUUAGUUCAGUGGAUGGUUAUUUUCAGUGGUGGAAGGUACACAUACUCAAGUAAUGUACUUAAGUGCCUAAUUGAGGUACUAUAAUCAAUGUACUUUACUUGAUUGUUACCAUUUAAUGCCACAUUAUAAUUAUAAUCCAAUACAUUCUGGAGUCAAAUACUUUUCACACAAAAAAAUCUAGUUACUUUGCAAAUUCCAAUUAUUCAAGCAAAAAUAUGUUCAAUUUAUUCUGCAUAAUAAGUACUUUUGGUUUUGUUACUUAUGUAUUUUGAUACUACUACUUUUUUUACUUUUUCUUAAGUAACAUUUGACUUAACAGAAAUGCAUUUGAAAAGAUCUCAAUUGUUGAAAACCUGUGUUUUCCUCUCAGGUCUGGUCAUUACUUGCUCUACUGUAAAUCGUUGAGUUGUUGCCUUGUGAGAGUGGUGAUUUUCAUAUUGAACACCUUUUGCCUUUAUGUCUAGGGCGAUUCAGGUCUUGUGCCUUUGUUUCUUUACAAAUUGAUAAUCUACACAAAGUGAACCAAACAUGUUUUUUUUACUGUAUUUGUUUUGUUUGUAUUUAUUGACAAGAGUACAUUAAAGCACUGAUGAUAUGCA